ACGCGUGGGGAUGGGUCUGCUGGCGGGCGUGGGCUCCCGCGUGAGCAGAGCGGCGCGGCUUCCCAGCUUCGCUUCCCGGACCCUCGCCAUGGCCUCCUGCGUGAAGCUCAACACCGGGGCGGACGUUCCCCUCGUCGGGCUCGGGACGUGGAAGUCCCCUCCCGGGAAGGUGGCGGAGGCGGUGAGGGCGGCCAUCGCGGCGGGCUACCGGCACAUAGACGGCGCCUUCGUCUACCAGAACGAGCCGGAGGUGGGCGACGGCGUGCAGGCCAUGAUCCAGGAGGGCGCGGUCACCCGGGAGGACCUGUUCCUGGUCAGCAAGCUGUGGUGCACUUUUCACGACCGGUCUAUGGUGAAAGCUGCAUGCCAGAAGACCCUGGCUGACCUCAAACUGGACUACCUGGACCUGUACCUGAUUCACUGGCCAAUGGGCUUCAAGGCUGGCGCGGAGCUCAUGCCCCUGGACAGCGACGGGUCGCUCGCGGCGGACGACACCAGCUUCCUGGACACCUGGGAGGCGAUGGAGGAGCUGGUGGACGCCGGGCUGGUCAGAGCCAUCGGGAUCUCCAACUUCAACCGCCAGCAGAUGGAGGCGCUGCUCACCAAGCCAGGCCUCAAAUACAAACCAGCCACCAAUCAGGUUGAGUGCCACCCGUACCUGACCCAGGAGAAGCUCAUCAGCUACUGCGCCUCCAAGGGCAUCCGUGUGACUGCGUACAGCCCCCUGGGCUCCCCGGACCGGCCCUGGGCCGAAGCCGGUGACCCCUCCCUCCUGGAAGACCCCCGAAUCAGAGCCAUCGCUGACAAACACCAGAAGACACCUGCGCAGGUCUUGAUCCGCUUCCACGUCCAGAGGAACGUGAUCGUCAUUCCCAAAUCGGUCACGCCCCAGCGCAUCCGGGAGAAUUUCCAGGUCUUCGACUUUGAGCUGAGCGAGGAGGACAUGACGGCCAUGCUGGCUCUGAACAGAGGCUGGAGAUGCUGUCCGUUCGCCAGCUCUGCGAAGCACAAGGAUUACCCGUUCAACACCGAAUUCUGAGGCCACCGGGCUCUCCGGAAACCCCGCCCAUCCUGGGACCCUCGGUCAGGAUCCCCUGAAGCUUCGUCCUCUAUGCCUUUUCAAACCCUCAAAUAACAGCCAGGAAGUGCGAUGCAGAGUGUGAGUCCGCCUGCGGUGGCACAUUAACGCCAUGUCUACAGCGGUGUCAUAACACACAGCCCCGAUAUACUCCAAGCCUACAUGUUGCAUUAAUGCACUAGCAGAAAAUUAUUUACGAAAAAGUAUGCAAUUUAAACACAGCCCAAGCAGUAUAAUAAAUGUUAUAUUCCGUU